ACGUCUUCAGCACAUAUCAGGACUAAUCGCAUAUAUAUUAGCUCUCAAUGUCCUGCAUGUCUAAAUCUACGGGUACCCUGACUAAAACGGAAAAUAUAUAGAGGUUAACAAAAUUCCUUUACGUAGCUGGUCUCAUGACGAGUUGUAACUGAGCGGCACAAUCGAGCGUCUAUCUUAUAGAACCAUAGGACCUAUCGCGGACAGCCUUUGCUUGCCUUAAGUCAACAUUGAGGAGAACAAUCAUGGAAUCUGACAAAACCAUCGCCACAAACAAUAACCCAUCGCCGGCAAGAAGAUCGUGGAGGAGUAGGCUCAUCGUUGAGCCACUUACUGUCACGUUCAUGCUGGCGUAUGGCUUGCUGGUGACUAUUCGGGUGGAAUACCUCAACAAGCGGCUGUCUGAAGAGGCUAAUUUCACCCAACCUUCAACGAAUACCAGUGUCGUCUGCUCUCUGAAUACAUCUUCUGAAGAGUAUGAUCGAUACCUUGAGGUUCAAACACAGACGUCCUAUUGGACGCUCUAUCUCGCGGUUGCGCAAUCCAUUCCAGCAUUAUUUUCGGCCAACUUCCUCGGGGCUUUAAGCGACGCUAGAGGGCGUCGUAUCGCGAUGUUGUUUCCGAUCGUUGGUUUUGCGAUUUACUCCAUCGUCUAUGCUUUGGUUGCCCAAUUCCACUGGUCGCUGUACAUUUUAUUCGCUGGGGCGAUUCCGUUAGGACUCUGUGGCGAUUUCCUGACGUUGGUGGCGUGCUCAUUCGCGUACGUCGCGGACACCACGACGAGCAAGCAGCGAACGUACCGCAUGGUUAUUCUGGAAUGCCUUACAACUCUCGGGGCUGGAGCGGGGCAAGUGCUAGUCGGUUUCAUGAUCGAAGCCAUAGGUUACCCACCCGUCUACUAUGCCAUCCUCUGCAUUAUGGUCCUAUGCACUUUGUACGUCUACCUCCUCCCCGAAAGCCAUCCGAGCGUAACCGGAAAGGUCCCCGGAGAGCAGCCGGCAGAUAUCGUGCCAUCACCGCGAAGUGACUUCAACAUGGCGAAGUUCUUCCGAAGUUUAGCCGAUCUCUUCCGACCGGAUCCGAAGGGACGAUGCUGGAAGAUGAUUUCAUAUAACUACAUUCUCUUUCAGUCUAUUCUCAUGAUCGUGUCAUUCCUGUCGACCAAUGUCCUCUUUGCAGAAGGAGAGCCAUUUUGUUGGUCGGCUGCCCUCAUCGGUAUAUUCAACGGUCUGACUUUCAUCUUCGCUGGGCUUGGUCUCGUAGUCGGUGGCUACGUGCUUCGGCUCUUUUUCUCGGACCAUUGCACUAUGCAGAUAUCCAUGCUCUCCUUUGUGGCUUGUCUCGUUAUGACGGCCUACUCCAAGACGAACGUCGUUCUAUUUUGCGGUGAGUGAACCACGUGAUCAAAG